AAUAUCCAAACAAAAACCCUAAUCCUCUCUUCUCCAUAGCCACAGACGGAGCACAGAGCAGCCAGAGAGGGAGAGAGGAAGAGGGUCGUAGAGAAAAUGGUGACCUACAAAUUUCAUCAGUACCAGGUGGUGGGAAGAGCUCUGCCAACAGAGAACGAUGAGCACCCAAAGAUCUACCGCAUGAAGCUUUGGGCUACGAAUGAGGUCCGUGCCAAAUCCAAGUUCUGGUACUACUUGAGAAAGUUGAAGAAGGUGAAAAAGAGUAAUGGGCAGAUGCUGGCUAUUAAUGAGAUCUUUGAGAAGAAUCCAACUAAGAUCAAGAACUACGGUAUAUGGCUGCGUUAUCAGAGUAGAACCGGGUACCACAACAUGUACAAGGAGUACCGAGAUACCACUUUGAAUGGAGGUGUGGAACAGAUGUACACUGAGAUGGCCUCACGUCACAGGGUCCGCCAUCACUGCAUCCAGAUCAUCAAGACAGCCACUAUUCCAGCUAAGCUGUGUAAGAGGGAGAGCACCAAGCAGUUCCAUGACUCCAAAAUCAAGUUCCCGUUGGUGUUGAAGAAAGUUAGACCACCUAGUAGGAAACUCAAGACAACAUACAAGGCUACCAGACCCAACUUGUUCAUGUAACAUGUUAGGUCAUAAGUUAAUUGAGAAGCAACUUUGAAUUUAUGCAAAUUUUGUUGCACCAGUUGGCAAGUUUGACAUCAAACAAAAACCUUUGUCUUUUCCUUUUAUUAUAUUUCUAGCCUUCUAGGUUUCGAACAGUCUCUUCCUUUCUGAGUCCUAAAAAAUUGUUCGCUUUGGUAUUUCACUUAAAGUUCUCUGUGUUCUCUCAAGGUUGGUUUUCGUCA